AUGAUAGGUUCCUCCACCCAGCACCACCAGCGACGCCGUCUCUCUGCCCAGAAACAUCGAGCACAGUACUUCGUCUGGACAGAGCUGCCAGUCCUUGGGAAACCAAAUAACAGAGCAACCGGUAAUUUUUUUGAAUCUGCGAAGACCCCCCUCCCUCGCCGGUGCCACCUCGUCUGCGAAGACCCCCCCUCUCUGCUCGAAGUGGAGGAAGUGGAACCUACUCAGGAUCUGUCCUCUCUCAUCACGACUCUUCAACAAGAACUCUCGUCCGACUCCAUCUUCGACCUUCUUUCAUUCCCUUCAUCUAAAUCCGACCCGAAAAAUCCCUCGACAGCCACUGCCACCCUGGAAGACCAAACCUCCUCCUCGUCUUCUUUUUAUUCUUCUUCCUCACCUUCAACACUGCUUCUGAAAGAAGAUGAGGAUCAGGAGGAUGACAAGGAGAGAGUUAUCAGACACCUCCUUGAAGCUUCCGAUGACGAGCUUGGGAUUCCGAACAGAGAAGUUGGAGUAGUUUAUGACGGCGAUAUAGAUGGAUUUAACGGUGGAGAUGGGUUGUCUUUGUGUGAUGGUCUGUGGGAAUUAGAAGAUGAAGCUGCCAACUACUAUACCUUGUUGCAGUCUGAGCUUUUCAUGUAGUUAUGUAGCUACAGUUAGCUAGGGCUCAAGCUGAAAUA